ACUUUGGGAAGAGAUAUAAGAAACCGUGCUGUGUAGUUGCGUUUGAUCUGGUACAAGGUGUAAUAUAAAAUAUUAAGAAAAAACUUUGUUGCAAUUCCUUACCAUGCCACCGCCCAGAGAACGCAAACUUGCAAUUAUGGGAUAUCGAUCUGUUGGAAAAUCCUCCAUUACAAUUCAGUUUGUUGACAAUCAGUUUGUUGAAUCAUACGAUCCAACUAUUGAAAACACAUUCACAAGACAGAUCAAGGUUCUUAAUCAAGAAUAUAAAUUAAACAUUGUGGACACUGCUGGACAGGAUGAAUAUUCCUUGUUUCCCGUUUCAUAUUCACUCGAUAUUCAUGGUUAUAUUCUUGUUUACUCUGUCACAUCUGCAAAGAGUUUUGAAGUUGUGAAAGUAAUAUACGAUAAACUACUGGACAUGGUUGGUAGGAUCAAAAUCCCUAUAGUUCUUGUUGGAAAUAAGACCGAUCUCCACAUGCAUAGGAAAGUAACCACAGAUGAAGGUCAGAAACUCGCUCAAACAUGGAACGCCAUCUUUCUGGAAACAUCAGCCAAAGAUAAUUUGGACGUCCAGGAAAUUUUCAAGAAAGUGAUUUUAGAGAUGGAGAGACAAGAUGGCAACCUCCCAGAAGAGAAGAAAUGCAUCAUAUCCUGAUUCUUGUCUCUUAGGUUAAAACAAUCAGCAAGAUGAUGGUCCCGAGAUUUGGGCCAAGCGAGGAAUGCAUUUAUUUGUUGCGGUUUUUAAUUCCUUUGUAUUAGAAGAUUGAUUCUUGAUUGUUUUUCAGUCGCAUUUUGUUUUAAAUGUAUCUGAGUUAUAUAUUAUGUAUGUUCUAGUAUCAUGAGAUAAAUACGUCUUUUCUCUUCUGCAUGGUUUAACAAAGUAACUAAAACUGUUACACCUGUUUAACUUUUCAGCAUGUAUUAUGGUGCUUUUAAUAAUGUAACUGGACACAUUCUAGCAAAACUAGCUGCACUAAAUCUAAAUAACCAACAAUAUAUUUUUUUCAAUAAUGUAUUUUUGUGAUGGGCAAACUCUUUUCUUAGAGUAAUAAAAAUACUGAAAUA